AAGGGAACUUGGGGAGGUCUUAAGAAGAGAACACGAUCCAUCCGGCUCCUGGUUUACCGGUGAGAUACUUUCAGCUGAUGGUGACAACUAUAUUGUUGGGUACAAACUGCUCGAGUACCACAAAGUAAAACGAGUCACGGAGAAGGUGCGAGGGAAGGAUGUUAGACCCCUGCCUCCAAGUGUAAAUGGUAAGAGUUGGGCAGUUGGGGAUAUAGCCGAGGUGUUUGAUAUUCAGUGUUGGAGGGUAGCAAUGGUUGCGAAGGUGUUAAACAACGGUAACCGAGUUGUCAUUAAGUUCUUUGGAUCCAUCCAACUUAAGGAAUUUCAUGUAUCGAGUUUAAGGAUUAGGCAGGCUUGGCAUGGCAACAAGUGGAUAGUGACAGGGAGGGUUGCUGAGAACAAAAUCUUGGCCGAUAGCGUCACUCCAAAAAUUCCUUUCUUAGCUGCAGGCUUGCAUUUCAGGACUUCGUUGCAUUUUGGUGAAACUAUGCGAUUUAGAGCAAGAGAUAGAGAGCGAGAACAUAAGGGUGAGGCUCAUAAUAUCGCGACUUGUCUGCCCAUACCAGCAAAGAGUAAAGGCUAUGCCCGCCAAUAUGGAGAAUGCAAUAUGGACACCUUCAUUGGUAGAACCUUCAAGAAAAGGAAAUCGUCUCUAUGUUCUAGAGGCUGUGAUGUAACUUCUGACAGGACACUUCCAUUGUUGAAACAGUUAAAUGAUAUUUCUUGCUCGCAUGAAGGGGUUGAUGAAAACUUCAUUAAGCAAUCAACUAACAGGAAUGGCAGAAUGCAAGACACAACUCCAUACUGUUUAUAUGAUUCAUCUAGGCCUGUUUGGUCUACUGAAGAUAGUGACCAAUGCUCAGUUGCUAGCUGUAGUUUAAACGGUGAUUAUGUUGGCCAAACUCUCUUAAAUCGUUGGACAAUGCACCUGAUAAUUCCGAUGCUGUCAGCAUUCCUUCUUUGUGUUACAAAAGAGACUUAUCCUUGUCUCCUGUGGACAAAGUAUACGAUAUGCAUAAACUAGAACUUCGUGCUUACAAGUCAACAAUGGAGGCAUUGUUUGUUUCAGGUCCUUUAACUUGGGCAAAGGAGUCUCUGCUAACAAAUCUCCGCUUCAGCCUAAACAUUUCAGACAAGGAACAUCUACUCCUGCUGAGACACCUUUGCCUACUCAAGCUCUUUGAUCAUGCAUGUGUCUGUUAUGAAACUGCUCAAGAGACAAAUUCGAGAUAUGAGCUAUUACAGCUAAAUCUCUUGCAGGUAGCAGCUUAACUUUCCCAACUGUAUAUAGAUUGUAAAUUUUUUUUCUUGGGGGGGGGGGGACUGAGUUUUACUUGUUAAAACUGCUUUAUCAAGGUUGAUUUCACUGAAUAACUUGAAUGCCAUUUGCUUUUGUAAUAUCGAUAUGAUGUGGACAUGACUGCAAAAGCAUGAGUUGAUCUUGUGAACGU